AUGAACUUUUAUAAGCAAGCAGCGGAUAUAUUAACAAAAUUAUCAGCCAGAGAAGGCUCAAUUAAGUCACUUACCCUAGCAAAUACGGUUAAAGAAAAGAAAAAAAUGUAUGCCUUAAUAUGUGAAACAUUAAAAUAUAAAGAUGUUAUUAAUAAGAUCAUUGAUAAUUCUAAACUACUUAAAGUUGAAAAACAGAAUUUAUCUGAUGGUCCUUACAAAAUCGCAAUCAUGAGAAAUGAAAUUAUAUUGAGAGCCGAACUCGUUAAAUUAAAAAUCAAAUCAAAGGUGAAAAAUAAUGAAGAUUUGAUAUCAUCUGAUUAUCGUAAUGCAGUCGUCCUUCCGCGUUAUGUUCGUGUUAAUACUCUUAAAACUACCGUUAAAAAGGUUAUUGAACAUUUUCAAUUGGAAGGAUAUGUGCUUGAAGAAUCGAUUAAAGUGUUGUCGGACAUAAGCACAAGGACCAUACGUAAAGAUUUUCAUUUACUCGAUUUAUUAAUAUUACCACCAAAGACUGACCUUCAUGAUCAUCCACUUUAUCUAUCUGGUGAAAUAAUCCUUCAAGAUAAAGCUUCAUGUUUUCCUGCUUAUAUUUGUUCUCCACAAAUUGAUUCACAUGUAAUAGAUGCAUGUGCUGCACCGGGAAAUAAAACUUCUCAUCUUUCGGCAAUAAUGAAAAAUACUGGGAAAAUUUGGGCCUUUGAUCUUGAUAAGAAAAGGUUAAAGUUAUUGGAGAAAUUAACUCAAAAGGCCGGAUGUAAAAAUAUUGAAGCGGUACAUGGAUCCUUUUUGGAUGUGGAUCCUUUGGAUGAAAGGUAUUCUAAAGUUGAAUAUAUUUUACUUGAUCCAUCUUGUUCCGGAUCUGGCAUAGUAAACCGACUGGAUAAAUUAGUUGAUGCUUUUGAGCAAGAAACGGAUCAAUCCGACACCAGUCAAAAUUCACAAGAUCUACGAUUGAAAAAUUUAAGUGAAUUCCAAGAAAAGAUCAUUUUACACGCAUUCAAAUUUCCUUCAGCGAAGAGGAUAGUUUAUUCAACAUGUUCAAUACACCCUCAAGAAAAUGAGCAAGUUAUUCAACGGGUAUUAAAGCAAACUGAAACUUUUUUAUUGGCUAAUCGAAAUGAUGUUGUACCAACUUGGGAUAGACGUGGUAUUUCAAGUGAAUUCAAUGAUGAAGAAACUGCCGUUAAACUUAUUCGAACAUUACCAGAAGAUUUUAUGAAUGGAUUUUUUGUGGCAUGUUUUAUUCGUGUUUCGGAAAACGAAGUAAAUGAUAAUACUUCUAACCUGGUUACCAGUACCAAUAUUACGAAUGAUUUAACUAACAGAUAA